AUGAAAUUAUUGGUCACGGGUGGUGCUGGGUUUAUCGGUACCAACUUCAUCCGAUACUGGCUACAACACAAUUCGGACGAUGCAAUCGUUAACUUUGACCGGCUGACGUACGCUGGAAAUCUCUCCAAUCUGACGGACAUAGCGGAAACACAUUAUCCAAAGCGGUACAGGUUUGUGCACGGCGACAUUCUGGACUUUGCCCUUGUGGAAAGCAUUCUGAAAAAAGAGUGUCCGGAUGUAAUUGUCAAUUUCGCUGCGGAGUCACACAACAGUCGGGCGAUUCUGCAUCCGCGGCGUUUCUUUGAAACGAACGUGAUGGGGACGCAGGUGUUACUGGAUGCGUCUCGGAAGUACGGCGUGCAGCGGUUUCAUCACAUCUCUACGUGUGAGGUAUAUGGUGAACUGCCUUUAGAUUCACCCGAUAGGUUUAGUGAAACCGCACCCUAUCGUCCACAGACGCCCUACAAUGCCUCUAAAGCGGCAGCGGAUCAUCUCGUGAACGCCUACUUUCAUAGCUUCGGUAUGCCGAUAACGAUUUCCAAUUGUGCGAACAACUACGGUCCGUAUCAGCAUCCGGAGAAACUCAUUCCGCUCUUUGCAACGAAUGCAAUCCAAAACAUACCCUUAACGCUCUACCGAAGCAGUCAUAACCGACGCGAAUGGUUGCACGUUGAGGAUCAUUGCCGGGCAAUCGCGGCAGUUCUCGAGUACGGCAAAAUUGGCGAGACCUACAAUGUCGGGAGUGGCGUGGAGAAGAGUAUUGAAGAGAUUAGCGAUUUCAUAUUGGAUAUUCUUGACAAACCGCAGCAUCUGAAAACUUAUGUUCCUGACCGACCCGGGCAUGAUUGUCGUUAUCUCUUGGAUUCAAGCAAGAUCGCCCGCGAUGUCGGUUGGAAACCGAUUAUUGCAUUUGAAGAUGGUAUGCGCGAGACGAUUCGAUGGUACGUCGAAAAUUGGAAAUGGUGGCAGGAAAUUCAACAGAAAGUAGAUAGUGAAAUGGUUCAAGAGGAUAAAUGGGAAAGAUUCACAGAGAGGUAA